AUGGGCUUUGCACCUCCCACUGCUCGGGAAAUUCUCCUCGUAUGCAUCCUUCUGGUCGGACUCUUCAUUCUCUUCUUUCCGGACCCGCGAUCCCAGUUUGCUUCCGCCCCAGCACCGACUCGAUUUGGAUAUAAUCGCUCUACUGCCCACUCGACUCCUCCUCCUACCCAGCAAAAUCAUUUCUCGACGAGGUUGAACUGGGGCAAAGACGCCGUCCCACAAACGAAGGUUGUUGCGCAUGCGCCAGGCACGCCCCACGUCUGGUUUGAUCCAGGCUGGUCGAUUGUCGACAAACUAUAUGUUUAUCAUGGUGUAGUCUUCCUUGUAACAGACCAGCCGCAAAAUAUACCCGACCUCUCUGCAAUGUACUCAAAAGGCCUUGAUAUCGAGGUUGGAGAAGAGGCUGAGCUCGCGCGGCUCCCCGACGAAAACGACAUUCGAAUCGUCAGUACUACUCAGGCCAAGAAACUGUUUGGAAGUGGGGCACAGAUCUUGGAUGGAGUAACGUUCUUGAUCAACGACCCACCCCAAUUUGUUCGCCAUUUUUUCCAUGGGGUAGCAGAAUUAAUGUUUGGCUUGUGGAGAGCAUAUUCUUCCUUGGACCCGGCCAUCCCUCCAUCAGGAAACACCUCACUUCCGUCUCCUCGCCGAAUGUGGUUCAACCGCCUGGAUGCAUUUCGCUGGCGCGACUACGCUGAAAUGAAUGAAUGGGUCAUCAGGGCCGUCUUUCCGGACCUCACAAUGGAGUUUAUCGAUGAUUGGGACGACAGAAGAGAAAUGAACAGUGCCUUUGUACUGGAGCGUGUUGUACUUGCGGAUCGGUCGGCUGCGAUGCCUGGACUAAAUUUCCAGAGAUAUCAACGGACUGCGUCCACUGCCUUUGGACUUCCAGGCAGUGCAUACUGGUGGUUAACAGUUCGGAAUAACGUUGUGAAAUUCGCGGGCCUUCAAGUUGACGAUGCCAUGAGCACCAUGAAUCGACCAGUCAUCACGUAUAUUUCGCGUCAAUCAUGGGGACGGAGAAUGCUCAUCCAAGCAGAUCAUGAACGGCUGGUGAAGGAGUUGCAGAAAAUCGAGGCAACUUACGGUUAUGAGUUGCAUGUCGUUGAAGCAGAAAAAAUGACCAAGAUCGAACAGAUACAACUGGCCUCGAGAACGACGAUACUUAUGGGGGUGCACGGAAAUGGUCUGACGAAUCUUGUGUGGAUGAAACCCACUCGGCGGUCGACCGUCAUCGAGUUCUUUUACCCCGGUGGCUUUGCCCACGACUACGAGUGGACAUCGCGCUCACUUGGUCUGACUCACUACGGUGUAUGGGGCACCGAAUUGUUCACGAGCCCAGGCAUUCCGUUGCCGAGUUAUCCGGAAGGCUUUCAAGGAAAUUCGAUUCCGCUGGACGGAGAGGCGGUGGCCAGGUUAUGUGUACAACGUCUUGAGCUCGAGGAAGACGUGGAUGAAGGGUAG